AAAUGGAAGAUGUUAAAUUUCCAGAAAUAAAUACUGUUGAAGAAAUGACAGGUGUUAUUUCUGGAACAGUUAAUCCUAUAAAUUAUAAUUUAGCUAAAGAAAAACAAUAUUUUACUUAUGAUUUAUGGAUACGAAUGAUUAAAGAUAUGGAAGAUGAUGAUAAUAUUGAAAAUUUUGGAGAUAAUAAACAUUAG